AUGCAUAUUAUUAAAGCUUUUAAGACAUAUAUUUGGGAAUAUACAUUGAUAAAUUAAGCUAAAAUAUCGGUUUUGAAGUAUAAGAAAAAGGAAUUGCUUAAAACAAAGUGGCCUUAUUUUAUAAAUUUAUGUCGGCUUCAAAUAUUUUUAGCUUUAAUACAAUUAUUGGUCAAUUUCUUGUUAAUUGAAUCAAAUAAUCAUUACAAAACUUUGCUUAUUGAUAUUGGAAUAUCGUUAAUUAUAAAUAUUAUUGAUAGAUGUUGUUUAAAUAGGUUAAGUAAGAGAAGGAAAUUUGUAGUAAUCAUUCUUUUAAAUUUCUUUUAAGGUAUUUAUAUUGGAAUUUCCGAGAAAAUUUUAAAUGAUAAUCAAUUUGUCUAAUUCAACAAACACUUUUUAAUACAUUUUAUGACAAAGAUUAUGUGGAUGAUUGCAUUAAUUAGUACAUAACCUCUUUUUAUGUGUAAGGUAGUAAUCUUUCUAUUUUAUUAUUUCAUAAUUUGUUACUUUCUUUCUGUUUGGAAGACUGCUUUUUAUGAUUUUUGUAUUGCAAUACUAAUAUUUAUUAUAUAUACAGUAUAAGAAGAAGAGAAAUUCAGAAAACUUAUUUGCAAUUAAAUAAUUCCUAAAUAAAUAAUUAGUUCAUUACCAUAACCUAUAUUUUUAAUUAAUUUAUCUACUUUAGAAUUCGUAAUCUAUAAUGACAUGUUUAAAUAAUAUCUUAAUUCUUAAAAAGAUGAAUUAGAUAUCACAUCAACAAAGAGAAUGUUAACAUAAUUUUAAUCUUAUGGAAAUCAAUAAGUAUUUAAUGUAAUAGAUUCUGAAAGAUUGAAUUUAUUUGAAACUAUAUAGAUUAUUAAAUUAUAAGAAGAAGUAAUAACAUAAAAUGUUAAUUAUUAAUUUAUAUUAAAUGACAAAGAAGUUUAUGAUGUUAGAUUUCAUAAUAAUAUAAUAUAUAAUGAUAAAAAAUGUUUAUUGGUUUGUUUAUCAGAUAUAUCAGCAAUAAUUGAAAAAACUAAAUUAACAGAAAGAACUAUUCUAAAAAGUAAAUUAAUUAAAUCUUUAUCACAUGAAUUAAGAACUAGAAAAAAUAUAAUUUAAGGUUUAUUAAAACUAUAUUUAGAUAAAAAUAAUGAUGAUUAAAAUAAAGAAUUGAUUUUUCAGGCUUAUUAUAAUUCUAAAAUAGAAUCUAAUAUAAUAAGUUCAAUAAUAAAUUAUAAUUUAUGUUUAGAUGAUUAAGUAAUUAUAAAAUAUCAAUUAAUUAAAGUAAAUGAUAUUUUAGAUAGAAUUAUAGAUAAUUUUAAAUAUGAAAUUAAAUCAAAAUAAAUAGCAAUUCUAGCUAAUUAUCAUCCUGAAACUAAUCAUACUUUAUUUACUGAUCCAGAAAUAUUUGAAUAAAUUAUAACAAACAUAAUAAGUAAUUCAAUAAAACAUUGUGAUAAACAGAAUUAAUCAAUCUUAUCAAUUUCUAUUUGUAAAGAAACACAUCCUAUUACAAUUCCUAUUCCAAAUCCAAAUAAUCCAUAUAUUACUUACUUAUAAAAAAUGUCUCAUUAUUCAUCAUUUCAAAGUUUAUAAGAUUUUAAUGUAACUUAAAUAGAGACAACAUUAAAUAUUAAAAUAGUAGAUAAUGGAUCUGGUAUAAAUGUUUAAAAACUUAAAUUAAUAUAAGAAAUUUUAAAUAAUGAUAAUUAUUAUUAAUUUACAACAUCAUCAUCUGAUGGAUUUUAUUUAGGUUUAAGAUCAUGUAAUCUAUUACUUCAAAAAUUAAAUAAAUAAUCAAAAGUCAAUAUAUACAUUCGUUCAACAGAGAAAGAAGAAACAGAAGUAGUAUUAAAGUUUAUUAUUCAUAAUUAAAUCAGAGAAUAUGAAUAAUCAAUAGGAUCAGAAGAUAGUAUUCAAUAAAUCAGAAUUUAAAAGAAAGUACAUAAUAAAUGUGAAUGUUUAUAAUAAAUUAUGAUUGUUGAUGAUGAACCUUUUAAUAAUCUUGUAUUGGAAUCAAUUUUAAAAUCUCUUCAUUUCAAGGUGAUUAAAGCAUAAAAUGGAUUGGAAGCAUUGAAAUUAUAUAGAGAAUAAUAUGAUUUAUGUGAAAUUGAUGAAUGCAAAUUAUUUUAUGCAAUUUUCAUGGAUUAUCAAAUGCCCAUCAUGAAUGGAUUGGAAAGUACUAAAGCUAUUAUUGAAGAAUGCAAUAAAUUAAAAUAAAUAUAACCUGAUAUCAUAGGAUGCACUGCCUUUUCUGCAACUGAUGAUAUCAAUGAGUUAUUAAAUGCUGGAAUGAAAUGUGUAUGUAUCAAACCAAUUAGUAAAGAUUCGAUCAAACAAAUAUUAUCUCAUUUAUAAUGA